AUGCGUAAAGCCUUGCUGUCACAUGAUUUCAGCUUACAUGAUCAGUAUAAUAUAGCUAAAUUCGCAGGAAAAUGUCAAAAAAAAUUGCAUUGUAACCAAAAUAUUAUAGUUAAGCAUAAUCAAGAACAUGCCGUAAAUUAUGCUAAUCAAUGUCAAGAAUUGCAAUGUUUUGAUUUUAAUCAGGAAUUAAUUUCAUAUAAAUGCAAAGUAGAAGAAAGGAUACAAACCAAUGCAUUUUAUCCUUCCUUUGCAAAAUUAAUUUCAGAUUUUGAUGCAAUUAUUAAGUAUCAAAGUUGUUCCACAUUUCUUAAGAAAACUGCAACUGAAACAAUAUUAUUAGCAUCAAAACAAAUAUUUGGAUUUGAUCAGCUACGAGAAGGACAACUUGAAGCAGUAGAAACAUAUUUAAGAGGGAUAACAAUAGUUAUUAGCCCAUUAAAAGCUUUAAUGGAAGACCAAAAACGCAAGACAGAAAUGAGUAAUGCAAAAUUUUUGAAGAAAUUGCUCUUGGAUUUAUAA